CUUGCCCAACGCCGUCCGAGCAGGCUGGAAACAUCGUAUCACAGGCUCGUGCUGCUUCUCCGUCCACCGUGGAUCCGUUUCCGUGUUUCUCCUUCCGUCCAUUCCACGGAGCCCUCUAUGUGCCUCGCGAUAACGCUUUGCAAUUGCCCAUCCUCCCAGUAAUCCUCCGGAACCAGCUCGAUCUGACCGCUUAUUCACAUUACACACGCUCAGGCCCUGCUACACAUUCCAUGACGCAACCCUCUCUGCCCAGCACGCCUGCCGUACACCUAGUACUGCUUCCUGUCUCGCCCGAUUCAGUCCCCCCUCGCAUAUAUAACCCUCCCCCCCAUCCCACUUCCUCUCGUCUUCUACACUUUUGUCUAGCACCUACAACAUGUCGCACAUCGUCGCCCGCGCCGUGCCCUUCACCACCCGCCUCGCGUUCCCCCACGCCAAGGAAAUCAUCGCCAGCGACCGCGCCCGCGCCCAGAAGCUCCUCGCCGGCAUCCGUCCCCACGGGCCCAAUGCUGCCCACAGGCGCCGCCAUGAGCAUGACCGUCACGAUCACCACGAGCGCCGCGAACGCCACCGCGAGCACGAGCGCGAGCGCGAGCGUGAGCGUGAAGACCGCCAUAAGCACAGCGGCGGCGGUGCAACUGGCCAGACUGGCUCAGGUACUGGCGUCGAUACCGGCUCCGGCACGUCGUCCUCCACUACCGGUGUCGGUGUCGACGUGACCGACGCCAGUGUCAACUACAACGCCACCGUUGGCGUCGGCUCGCCUGCCACUAACUACACCAUGCUUAUUGACACUGGCAGCUCCAACACUUGGCUCGGCGCUGAUAACAAGUACGUAAAGACCAGCACCAGCAAGGACACCGGGGACACUGUCAGCGUCAGCUACGGCUCCGGCUCCUUCUCCGGCGAAGAAUAUAUCGACCAGGUGACGAUUGCCUCGAGCCUCGUUAUCAAGCAGCAGUCGAUCGGUGUCGCAUCCAAGGCGACCGGGUUCAGCGGCGUCGACGGUAUCCUCGGCAUCGGCCCCGUCGACCUCACCACGGACACGGUCUCCAACACGUCCACCGUGCCCACCGUGACGGACAACCUAUUCUCGGAGGGCUCGAUCAGCGUCGAGAGCAUCAGUAUCUCCUUUGAGCCCAGCUCGACCACCGACUUGGCGAACGGCGAGCUGACGUUUGGUGGCGUGGACCCGUCGAGGUACACUGGUGAAAUCACGUACACGCCGAUCACGAGCACGUCACCUGCGUCGGACUACUGGGGCAUCAACCAGACGGUCGCGUACGGCACGGGCACGACGCUGCUCACGAACGACGCGGGUAUCGUCGACACGGGCACCACCCUCUUGCUACUCGCCACCUCGGCGUUCAACGCAUACCAGAAGGCCACCGGCGCCACCCUGGACAGCACCACCGGUCUGCUUGCCGUCACCCAGUCACAGUACGACAGCCUGCAGUCGCUCUACUUCACCAUUGAGGGCACGCAGUUCGAGUUUACGGCGAACGCGCAGAUAUGGCCGCGUGCGCUGAACACGGCCAUCGGCGGCGAGGAGGGCAAGAUCUACCUCGUCGCGAGCGACCUCGGGAGCGACAUUGGCCAGGGCCUGGACUUUAUCAAUGGCUAUGGUUGGCUGCAGCGCUUCUAUAGCAUCUUCGACACGACAAACUCGCGCGUUGGGGUCGCGAACACGCCGUACACUGAUGCGACGACCAACUGACUUGUGCUGGGCUCUGCGAGCGGUUCGAGGACUGUGCCUGCCAGCGGACAUUUAAAGCUCUAAAUGACAUGAAGGUAUAUAUCUGAUUGUACGUCGGCAUUUGUAGGAUUAUGGUAGACGGACUGUAUGGAGGAAUACACGGAACAGUGGAUGGAAUUGUUAUGUGUUAGUGUAGAAUGGAUAUUGUGCAGUG